AUGAGUCUGCCCGUGCGUCAGCUCGCGAACGCUAUAGCGUCCUCUUCCCGCUCGCGUCUUUCGAGCGCGCGAUGUCUGUCGAGCUCCUCACACCUGCUAGAAGUUGCCUCAGAGCCCAAUAAAUCUCCUCUCAGUCACCGAGAACUUGUUGAACAGCAACGCAAGGCCUUUGAGGAGAAAUAUGGGGCCAAGCUCAAAAAGAAAGCAGAGGCCGAGGGUGUUCGAGAUCUUGAGUCACUCAAGGAGAAAGUUAUGGCUCCUUCUGUAAAACGUGCUCUGUUGGCGAAGCGAUCAGCUCGUGACUACUCAGCGAAGAAAGCCAGCGUGGAGCAAUCUACAAAUCCAGAGGUGACAGUGACAGCGACAAAGCUACAGGAUGAAGGAGAUGCGACUCGGCGGGACCAAGCCAAAGGAGAUCGAGCCGGCGUCAAACCUUUGGCAUCUAUACUGAAUCUGGAUAUCCUACGGGACAAGACCCACAUAGCGGACGAUAUUGCGAAGAUAUGGACUGCCCAUCACACGACCCAUCCCACACUCUCCGCCUCAUUCCUGUCAGCCUUCUUGCCAUCCUCGACGUAUAAGUCUAUGCUCAUGCUGGCAAUGGAGAAUCCAUUCUUCGUCCUACCCUUACCUAGAGAGACGAGCUCAGGCGCAGACAAAGGUGCGAUCAAGACGGACGAAUACGACAUGUUCUACCUGCAGUGGCUCUUUCACCCUACACCAGUGACUUCCGUUCCGCCGUCAGCAUCAGCCGAUGGCAAGCCAACUCGACCACCUCACACGUCCUCGGUCAUAUUCACCCCCUUGGAAGAGUUCAAGAAUGCUGGCGAAUGGGCUCAUCCUCAGCUGGUGAUCACUCAUUAUCCCGAGCUCGCCAACUCGCACGAUCUGGUACUGAUGCGAGGAGAGAUCUCCACAUACGCUGAGACCAGCCCUGGAGGAAGUCAAUACCUCCUAUCGCAAUCCCGAGCGCAGCUGCUGGCUUUGGCUCUGCAGAAAUUCUACUGCGCUGGUCUACAGCAGACACUCGAGUCUGCGCAAAGUCGCGAGACGCGGCUGAAGCGCGUUCAGACGCUUCGGGAUUUCAGAGAGAAGCCGCAGGAGUGGGACUGGCAAGGACUGGUCCAGAUGGCUUAUGGAGGGCUUUUGUAA